UCCUCCAGACUUUGAUCCCGGCCUGUGGACUCCAGAUAAAUCUCCUCUUGUUUGUUCUCGUCUCGCCUUCAGUCUCUGAAGAAAUGUCCUCCGUGAUACCGGACCACAUCCAGACUUCGGACCUGGACCCGGAGCCGGACCCGGACCCGGAGCCGCGGGAGGCCGGAGUCCUGCAGCCGCAGACCGUCUUCGUCAUCCUGGACUCGGCUGAAAGUCUGAAUGUGGUCCGGGUGGAGUCUGGGAUUGUUGCGGACAUCGAGAUUGACGGUCUGCUGCCGUCUGACUCGGACACCUUCUACCAGAUCAAGAGUCAGCCAAUCAGCAUCAGUUCGUCGGCAGCGGGCUCCUCCUCCUCGCCUUCCUCCUCCUCUCUGCCGUCCGUCAUGUCGUCCAGGGUCCUGAUGCGGCAGGACCUGAUGCGCCAGCAGGCGUUGGAGGAGCAGCAGAAGGAGGCGCAACGGCGGCGGCUGCGCUGCGACGCCGCCUCCUCGCCCAUCAGCGUGUCGACGGCCGCCUCCUGCUCGCCGCCCGCUCAGGUUCCCGUGGAGGUGCUGAAGGUCCAGACCCACCUGGAGAACCCCACCAGGUACCACAUCCAGCAGGCCCAGAGGCAGCAGGUCCGCCGGUACCUGUCCACCCACACGGCCAAUCAGCAGCCAGCACUCAUGGCAAGCCCCUCCCCCGAGGACAGCUCCGCCCCCUCGCCGUCCGCAGACAGCAGCCCCAAACAAGAAAUGGAGGACACGGUCAUCGAUGACAUCAUCAGCCUGGAGUCCAGUCUCGGCGAGAAUUUUCUGACGCUGAUCGACUCAGGAAUCCCGCUCGCUACCACGCUGCCGGUGUCAGGACACAUGCUGGACGUGUACGGCGGCGGCGGGUUGGCCACGCCCACCGUGACUGUGAGCAACAGCUGCCCGGCCAACCUGGCUGUGAAGAGAGAGAUGAGCGAUGUGGAGGCUAAAGCUCUGGUGAAGGAGAGGCAGAAGAAGGACAACCACAACCUGAUCGAGAGGCGCCGGCGCUUCAACAUCAACGACCGCAUCAAAGAGCUCGGAGCGCUGAUCCCCAAAUCCUCCGACCCGGAGACCCGGUGGAACAAGGGAACCAUCCUGAAGGCGUCGGUGGACUACAUCCGCAAGCUGCAGAAGGAGCAACUCCGAGCCCGAGAGAUGGAGGAGCGGCAGAGGAGGCUGGAGAACACCAACCGCUCCCUGCUGCUCCGCAUCCAGGAGCUGGAGGUCCAGGCUCGACUCCACGGCCUUUCCUCUCCGUCCUCCCCUCCCUCCACCGCCACCUCCUCCACCUCCUCCACCCCUCUGGACCCUCGGACCCUCCUGACCCUGCCCCACCCCCUCCCCUCCCCCUCCCCUUCCUGCUCCUCCCUGGUGACCCCCUCCCUGGGUCUGGACGCUCUGAGCUUCGCCGAGCUGGAGGAGGUGCGCGGAGCGUCAUCCGUCUUCCCGCCGGACCUGAUGAGCGACGUGGGGCUGACGGAGCUCCUGAUGGAGGAGGGGGGGGAGGGGGGGCCGGAGGAGGCGGGAGGGGGCGUGGUCAUGUCCGACCCGCUGCUGUCCUGCGGCGCCUCCAGAGCCAGCAGCAGGAGGAGCAGCUUCAGCAUGGAGGAGGACCUCUGAUUGGCCGGUGUGAGUCGGAGGCGGGACUUGUGUGUCCGAACACAGCGGUGACCAUGGUAACCACCGCCUGAGGAGCUUCUGUGGUUUUUUUUCCCCUCUGAUUCUGAAAAGACGGUGAAUUUGGUCUUCAAAGGAUCCCCGGAAAACGCUCGGUGGAACCUGAGACGCUAACAGGCGAGCUGCUGGCUAGCGGUUAGCGGUUAGCAGUUAGCGGUUACUGGUUACUCACUACGCCUCCCAUCAAACUAGCCGAUGCCCUGGUAGCUGCAGCUCCUGAUUAAAGUUCUCCACAAGAAGCAGUGAGGGACCAAUAGUUAGCUAGUUGCUAAUUAGCCGGUACCCCAUUUUACACCAGAUGUGGAGCGUCUGCCUGGCGUCCCGCGGCAAACCGUGGUGUUGAGCGUACUGUGGCAUACUGUGGUAUCCUGGGGCGUACCGUGGCGUCGCGUGCCGUCCUGUGGCGUCCUGCGGCGUCCUGCGGCGUCCCGUGGCGUCCUGUGGCGUCCUGUUGCGUCCCGUGGCGUCCCGUGGCAUCCCGUGGCGUCCUGUGGCGUCCUGUGGCGUCCUGCGGUGUCAUGUGGCAUCCUGUGGCGUCCUGUGGCGUCCUGCGGUGUCAUGUGGCGUCCUGUGGCGUCCUGUGGCGUCCUGCGGUGUCAUGUGGCGUCCUGUGGCGUCCCGUGGCGUCCCGUGGCGUCCUGUGGCAUCCUGCGGCAUCGCGUGGCGUCCUCCACAGCGGAGCUGGGCCGUUCCCCACUGGACACAUCAGCUGAGGAGGGACUCGUGGCGAGAUCUCAGGAUGGUGAGGAACCGGAUCACCUCAUGUUUCCUCUUCUGCAAAACCCACCUCUGGCAACCGGCAGCAGUUUGGCGCCGUGCCGAAGCGACCGGACGGAGGCUUUUAUUUUGAAGGAGCGGCGUCCCGUCCCGUCUCUGUCUUCUGCGUCUUGCUGCUGUUAGACUGCAUCCAGGGAAAUACGACAAUUCAACACAAUGGGGGCUAACGCUAACGGCUAAUGCUAACGGCUACGGGGUGAAAUGGGGGCGAUUCAGCCAUGUUGGCCUUUGAUGGAGUUCGCAGUGGGUUAGCGCUGCUGCCUAGCAUGUUUCGCUAAUGUAACGCUGAUUAGAGAACUGAACCACAGAAGCCAGCGAGAACAAUGAAAGAGCCCACCGGUGCACAGGCCACGCCCACUCCAAGACUUGAAGGCAGAGUGGGUGUGGCUUACUCAGGUGGGCUGGUCUGUUUGUUGAGGGGGUGGGGCUCUGCAACAGAAGGAGGCGUGUCUUCAUGUGUUGUGGGCGUGUCCUGUUCCAAAGUGGGCUUGUUUUGCUGUUGCUAAGCAACAGUGCAGGGUUGAACCCAUGAAGCAUGUUUGACUUCUGUUGCCAUAGUGACCAUCCUCCCUCUGCCAGGCAGGUGGUUGUCAUGGUGACCCCCCUCGGGGCAGGUGGUUGUCAUGGUGACUGCUUGCCAUGGUGACCGUCCUCCAGAUGGUUGUGUUCUUCCAUAAAGGGAAUCUCUUCUGUCUCUCAUUACGUCUUUGAUGCUCAUCGUCUUCUUUGUUGGUUUUUAUCUCAGUUUGGUUUUAUUUUUUUAGACAAUGUUUCACGUUGUGACUUUUUAUAUAGAAAUAAAGCUGUAAACCAGA